AUGGCGGCUGAUCUCCCGCGUCCGACUUCAUCCUCAACAACCACAGGAGGCGUGGCGGGUAUCUUUGACUCCAACAGCUAUGGUGGCGCCGGAGAUGGCGGAAAUCACAACAUCAGCUCACCGAUCUCCAACCGAUACGGAUUUAUUCGACUGGUCUUGGUGGUUCUUGUCGCUCACAACGUCGCCGGAACCACCCACCUGGCAGCACAUGGCGAUGGUAGCGGUGGUCAGUCCUUACAGAUCACAAAAUCUCCGGCAGCAGCGAAACUGCGACGAUGCAACAAGAAUAAGGGAGGUGGUGGCCUAGCCGUUGUCGAAGGGCAGCAGCAGCAAAGCAUUCAAGGCGAUGGUCACAGCUUCCAUUGGCGUCUGGGUUGCUCGGGACUAGAUGAUAGCUGGGCGACUCCGAUGAUGGCGGCUGAUCUCCCGCGUCCGACUUCAUCCUCAACAACCACAGGAGGCGUGGCGGGUAUCUUCGACUCCAACAGCUAUGGUGGAACCGGAGAUGGCGAAAAUCACUACAUCAGCUUGCCGAUCUCCAACUGA